GUAGAUCCCUUAAUCCACCCAAAAUCGUCGCUUCAGCUCAGGGCUUAGUUUAUCGACGAUCCUGUGAGAUCUUGAAUAGGAAAAAGAAGUUAGUGGUGCAUCAAGAUGAAAGCUCUUAUUCUUGUUGGAGGUUUUGGCACUCGCUUGAGACCAUUGACUCUCAGUUUCCCAAAGCCGCUUGUUGAUUUCGCUAAUAAACCUAUGAUCCUACAUCAGAUAGAGGCACUUAAGGCAAUUGGAGUCGAUGAAGUUGUUUUGGCCAUUAACUAUGAGCCAGAGCAACUGCUAGUGAUGUCGAAAUUCUCAAAGGACGUUGAGACAAAUCUCGCGAUCAAGAUCACCUGCUCGCAAGAGACUGAGCCUUUAGGUACAGCUGGUCCUUUAGCUUUAGCCAGGGACAAACUGGUUGAUGGCUCUGGCCAGCCAUUCUUUGUCCUUAACAGCGAUGUUAUUAGCGAAUACCCGCUUGAAGAAAUGAUUGCAUUUCACAAUGCUCAUGGAGGAGAGGCCUCUAUAAUGGUGACAAAGGUGGAUGAGCCGUCGAAAUAUGGAGUUGUGGUUAUGGAAGAAGCCACAGGGAAAGUGGAAAGAUUUGUCGAAAAGCCGAAACUAUUUGUUGGUAACAAGAUCAAUGCUGGGAUUUAUCUUCUAAAUCCUUCAGUUCUUGACCGGAUCGAGCUAAGACCAACUUCGAUUGAGAAAGAGAUCUUCCCUCAAAUCGCAGAAGCGGAAAAACUCUACGCAAUGCUACUUCCCGGAUUCUGGAUGGACAUUGGUCAACCACGAGACUACAUUACUGGUCUGAGACUUUACUUAGACUCUCUGAGGAAGAAAUCUUCUUCAAAGUUAGCCACUGGUCCACACAUUUUGGGAAAUGUUCUUGUGGAUGAAACCGCAGAGAUUGGAGAAGGAUGUUUGAUUGGCCCUGACGUUGCUAUAGGCCCUGGCUGCGUCGUUGAGUCUGGGGUUAGACUAUCGCGCUGCACCGUAAUGCGUGGGGUACACGUGAAAAGUUAUGCGUGUGUCUCAAGUAGUAUCAUUGGGUGGCACUCGACGGUCGGACAAUGGGCUCGGGUCGAGAACAUGUCCAUACUUGGGAAAAAUGUUCACGUGUGCGAUGAGAUUUAUUGUAAUGGAGGGGUUGUGUUGCAUAACAAAGAGAUCAAAUCAGACAUCUUGAAACCAGAUAUAGUGAUGUGAUGACAAUUUGGUUGAUUUGUCCGUUUUGUUUUUUGUGCUUCGUUUAAAAUGAUACUACUAUGUUUUCUGUCAAAAGACUUAAGGUUUUGUUUGUGUUGGCUCUUUGUUCUCUUAAGCUAUGCUUUGUGUUCAAAUAUGUUGUUUGAAGUUAGAUCUAUUUAAGUUAUGUGUGUCUUGAGCUUAAGUGAAAUCUUUUUGGAAAUGUUGUCUUGAUGAUUCGUCUGGUGUUUCUUGAGAAGAGGUUGUGAUCUUGUUCCUCCUUUUUGUAUGUGUCAUGGCCUAAGCCAUUUAUUGUUUAUUUUGCUCAUGGAUUUUUCCAAAUGUUUCAUCGUUAUUUGUAGAUAGAUUGAUAAAACAUUACACUCUCA